AUGGCUAAAGGACAAGUACAAGUGCUUAAUGCACUUGAUGUAGCAAAAAUACAAUGGUACCAUUUCAAAGCCAUUGCAAUAUCCGGUAUGGGAUUCUUCACAGAUGCCUAUGACCUAUUCUGCAUCACAACCGUUGCAAGGUUAAUCGGACGCUUAUACUUCACUAAACCUGGCGCGGACAAGCCAGGAAUCUUGCCUAUCCAUCUAUCGGCUGCAGUGAAUGGGAUCGCGCUCUUAGGAUCCCUUUUCGGCCAACUCUUCUUUGGAUGGUUAGGUGACAACAUAGGCAGAAAAAAGGUCUAUGGCAUAACAUUGAUCAUAAUAAUAAUCUCGACUAUUGGCUCAGGAAUCUCGUUUAAUAGCACCCCUAUAGGGGUCAUAACUACCUUGUGCUUUUUUCGGUUUUGGGUUGGGUUUGGCAUUGGAGGGGAAUACCCACUCUCGGCCACAAUCAUGGCUGAGUACGCCAACAAAAAGAGUCGUGGGACAUUUGUAGCCGCGGUUUUUGCAAUGCAGGGGAUGGGUAUUUUAGCAGCUGCACUAGUAGCAAUGUUAUUUGCUGCUAUAUUCGAGAGCAAGUAUAAUCCUCCUCCUUUUAGUGUAGACUCAAAAGCAUCUGUUCCACCGGAAUCUGACUAUAUUUGGCGUGGUGUGCUCAUGUUCGGAGCUGUUCCUGCAGCCCUUACUCUGUAUUGGCGUAUCCAGAUGCCCGAGACUGCUAGGUACACUACAUUAGUUGCGCGGAAUCCUAAACAAGGAGCUAAAGACAUGUCAACUGUCCUUAAUCUUCAUCUCGAUCCAGAGAUAGAAAAAAUCGAGGAAUUAGUUCAUAGUGAGAGGCAUCAAUUCAAGCUAUUCUCAGCUGAAUUUGGUCGAAUGUAUGGAAUCCGUCUCUUGGGUACAACCAGUACAUGGUUCUUAAUCGACAUCGCUUUCUAUAGUCUAAAUCUGUUCCAAAAAGAUGUGUUUUACUCUGUCGGAUGGAUUCCUUUACCUAAGGAUAUGAAUGCUAUAAGGGAAGUUUAUAACAUAGCCAAGUUUCAAGCCUUAGUUUCCCUUUGUGGAACUAUUCCUGGCUACUGGUUUACUGUGGCUUUUAUAGAUAUAAUCGGAAGGUGGUGGAUACAAAUGAUGGGAUUCUUUUGUAUGACGAUAUUCAUGGUCGCGAUUGCCAUUCCUUACGAGUAUUGGAGAACAAUGGAACAUAGAGUUGGAUUCCUUGUUUUGUAUGGACUCAUUUUUUUCUUUGCAAAUUUUGGACCUAAUGCUACCACAUUUGUAAUCCCUGCCGAGAUUUUUCCAUCGAGGUUCCGAUCCACUUGUCAUGGGAUAUCGGCUGCAGCAGGGAAGGCCGGGUCAAUAAUUGGAGCAGUCGUGUUUUUAUAUGCUUCUCAAGAGGAGGAUCCGGCUAAGAGAAAUCCGGGUUAUCCGGGUGGUAUUGGCAAGAAAAAGUCAAUUUUUAUUCUGUGUGUGACUAAUAUUGUUGGUAUGAUGUGUACGUUUCUUGUGCCUGAAACGAAAGGUAAGUCUCUUGAAGAACUUUCCGGAGAAGUUGAUGUCGAAGAUGAAGCUCCAUAUGAACGUAUUGUUGUUCCUUAA